UCUAAACACAGUAUCCCCCACACUCUAACAAACAGUCCAUGGUAUUUAGGACCCUUCCACAGCGACAAUCUCCGGAGCCCAUUGAGCCCCAAGCUAGAGAAGCAUUAUUCAAACUGAUGAACCAUUUCUACCUCGAGUACCCCGAUAUCCUCCGCCUAGGCUUGUCUAAAACAGAGGGUGGCACUGCCGACGCCAUCUACGCCCGCUCGGACCGGCCAACUUGCAAUCCCGAGGCCGCACAGGUCGGCUACGAAAUCGCGCACAUUCAUCCAGCCGAUAAAUCCCUCCACGUACUGCUUUCUCCGGCCGACGCUCGCACGGUGAUCGAAGCUGCAUGGGGUCAGCGAUUUGCAGUUCCGUCCAUGGUUCCGCCCGGAUGGGUAAGCCUAGCGAGGUCUUAACCAAGAAGCAUGAUACCAAGAUCAAGGCUAACAUGGCUGCUGGAUAGAUCAUGGUAUACGCGCCACGCAACAGUGAAGAGGUUGAAGUCAUGGCUCAGAUAGUCAGAGCUGCGAUUCAGUGGACAACGGGAGCGAAGUUGGAUUAAACUCCCC